AUGCUUUCCCAGACCCUCUUCGUUGCCGCACUGGCCGCUCUGGCCAAUGCCCACUCGGUCAUUCUCGAUGCGCAAGGCGAAUCUGGAUCUCCUCCCUCGAUCGGCUUCAAGGUCGUCCCUGAGAUCGCCCGUAACUGCACGUCCAUCAGCCCUUGCCAGCAGGACACCUGCAUCAUCAGGGAGGCCGAGAUCAAGGCCAACAUCGUCAACUCGUGCGGUAGGACCCAGCUGAGCGGUAACAUUGACGUUGGCGAGGAGACCGAGAACGCCCUCGCGGCCAAGAAGGUUACCACGGUCAAGCCUGGUACCGUCAUCUCCAUGACGAUCCACCAGGUCAACGCCGAUGGUGCCGGACCUUACAUCUGCGACCUGGACGAGACCAGCAACGUUGGUCUCGACUUCAAGAACCUGAGCGUCACGGACAACGUCCCCGGCGCCAACGGCCUGUCGCAGGUCCGCGCCCAGCAGUUCGUCAUGAAGAUCACCAUGCCCCAGGACCUCAACUGCAUCGGCGGCUCCACCGGAAACAUCUGCACCAUCCGCUGCCGCAACACCGCCCAGGCCGGUCCCUUCGGUGGCUGCAUCGCCGUCCAGCAGGCCGACAAGAAGGGCAACGUCAACACCCCCCAGAACAUCAAGACCGCCACCAGCAAGAAGGACAACGAGGCCCAGACCAAGCAGAACAACAAGGACCUGAAGGAUGCCAACAACUUCCUCGCCCAGCAGGGUUCCGACCAGGGUAAGAAGCAGCUCGCCGAGGUCGCGUCCAUCGCCCCCGAGAAGAUUGUCCAGGCCAGUUUCCCCUCCACCGACACCAACGGCGCCCCUGAGGGUGCUGCCGCCGGCGAUAACAACAACGGCAACAACAGCGGUGGCAGGAAGAACAACAGCGGCGGCAAGAACAACAACAGCAGCAACAACUCCGGCAAGAACAACGGCGGCAACAACUCCGGCGGCGGCAGGAACAACGCUGCCGGCAAGAACAACAGGGCCAACGCCAAGAACAACCAGCGUCGCAGCCUUGGCCGUUUCGCCAAGAGCUUCAACGCUUAA